GCGAACAUGGCGGCAACUUGACAACGGCAGCGAGCUGAGGAUGGUGAGGGCUUGAAAAAGAAAAAAGAGGUCUGUCACAGGCUGUAGGCCCAUCCGCCGACACAAAGGCAUACAGCUUCGCCAUGUUGGAAGAGGAUAGCGCCUUUGUCCCUGCACGACCGAGGCCGGGGGAAACGUAAACGCGUCGGGAAGUGUUUCUAAAAACGGAGUCGAGGCUACGCAGAGGAGCGGAGCGGCGCGGCGCGGAGGAGAGCUCGGGGCGGGCAGGCGGGAGGACAGCGGCUUCACCGGUCAGCCAUGGAGGAUGCGGCCCGUGGUCGCCAGCGUUUGAUUUCCCAACCGACCCACGCUCCUUUUAAUGGGAAUUACCGCUGAUAGCAAAGGCAAGCCGGGACAACCCACCGCCCGACACUUGAGGGGAGGAAAACGCGAAGCGGACCCGACGUCAAUGACUGUUGCGGCAGAGGAGCCCCCACGGUGGAGUCGGCCGGUUCCCAAAAUAUGACCAGGGGUGCUGGGACGUGUUGGCAGCAAGAAGAUGACGACGGCUUCCAAAUCUGGCUAGAGCCCCCCCGCGACAACCAAAAGCCAUUCACCGACUCAGAGAGGGCGCAGAGAUGGCGACUGUCCUUGGCAUCCCUCUUGUUCUUAACCAUCCUCCUCUCUGAUCACCUGUGGUUCUGCGCCGAGGCCACGCUGGCCCGGACCCGGGACAAGUUCGCAUCCACCCACCCUUUGUCACCUCAGACAUACUCAGCACACAGCAGCCUCAGAGGAAACCCAGAUGAUAUUUUUAUAGGAAACUCUACCAAACAUUUGUGGCGGCUCGAAACUUGCCACCGGGAUAGUUUAUCUAACGACUGCUUUACUUUCUUGGAUGCCGACGAGUUGUGCAGGGGCCUUUCCGACAGAGAGGGGACGCGGGCUGUAAAUAUGAGCAAUUUGUACCUUUCCUUUUGUAACUCCUACUCCCUGCUGGAUUUGUUGUACGGCUCGACGAGUCCGGACAAUUUGAACUGCAGCCUCGACGCGCUCGGCGACGGCGACGCGAACCGCUGCAGUCUGUGCGUCCAGGCGUACCAGCGCUACGACCAGCACGCCCAGGAGAAAUACGAGGACUUUGAGCUCCUCAGUCAAAAAUACGAGCCGGGGGCAUAUUCGGUGAGGACGUGCAUGGAGCAGUGCAAGGCGGCCUAUAAGCCCUGGCUGUGUGCUCAGUAUUUCCCCACCACCCAGCAGUCCUGCCAGAAGAAGGUGCCGUGCCACCAGUACUGCCUGGAGGUCCAGCAGAGCUGUCCGUUCAUCCUGCCCGAUAACGAUGACCUGAUCCACGGUGGCAGCCCCAGCUUCAUCUGCACAGGUCUCUUGGGAAACCAUCCAUCAGACAGUGAGGCGGAGUGCUGCGACGUCCGAUGGGACUCCAAAAUGGACAACCCUUCAGGCGGCACGCUAAAAAGAACUGCUUCUUCCUGCCAGCCCGUGGGGGCUUCGGUCACCUCCGCCGCCACCCCGAGACUGUGCAGCGGGCGACUGAAGAUCUGCCUGCUGGCCCUUGUCCUCCUACACACUGUCAUUAUCAUUUCAGCCUCCCAUAAUUCUUCGUUGGUGGGCGUGGCUGCCAUUUUCUCGCCAGAGGAAAGUGCUUCUAAUGAGGAGUGAACCUUGGGGUUGAAUCAGGGCUGGAGCUUGCGUAGAGCGAUUGUUGACAGGGAGGAAGACGAAGGCUUGUCAUGGCUGCCAGGGACACAGCUGGUGAGAUGUGCUGGAAAUGCCUCCACAAGCCUGCUGCCGAUGAACCGCCAACCACAGGAAGUGGGAAGGUUUUAAUUGGAGCGGAGGGUGCUGGAAUUGGACAUCAACUGAAGAGAGAUGUUUGAGAACCACCACCCCUAAAAGAACUGACCUCUUGCCACUUGAAACCUGCUCAUUGUUUCUAUUCCAUCCAAAUGUUUUCUAGCAUAUUGUCCCCCCCCCUCCCCUCCCUUCUCUCCGCCCUCCUCCGUCUGUUUUCGAUGUGUGUGUACGGAUAGCAUGUCAGAGGAAAAAAUGGACAUCGAUGAGGUGUGCACUCUCAUUCGUUACUUUUAGAUUUUUGCUGCACUUUCUUUCAGGUGCCAGAAUGUUUUUGACAUAUCAGCUGUUUCCCACUUCCUGCUCUCCAUCACCUUAGACGGAUCUUCUUUACUACCUUGUAUGUGAUGUUGCUCGAGGGCCUGCUGGGACCAGCUCCAUCUAUCACUUGUGGAUCUUGUUUCCCGGGAAAACAAAAUGUAUGUGAUUCUGUAUUCUGAUGUUCAGCUUGUGUUUCUGUCAGACCGGACCUUUCCUCAACCCCUUAUGACAGUACAUGCCUACAUAUUUUAGGACCUUAAGUGCUCUGAGACUGGCUCACUUUCUCCUCUAGCUUGUUGGGUUGUUAAGCAAGUUAGGAGAGGUGGAGUGGUUACAAAAAAAAAAAAGAAAAGGUAGUGACAACUCAGCUCACGAUUGCAUGGUGUUGCAGGAACAGUAAGCUCAGAUUAGUCACCGUGUAGCGCUCCUGGGCGGGGGGAAAUGGUGUUUUCUGGUUUCUAAAGUGUUCAGUUUACCUCAUACAGUGGUGUUGGUGUUGCAGACAGGCAGCACGGCGAGUACUUAGACUUGCAGGGACAACCCAGGGACACUAGAGGACAGUUGCAUGAAGCCAAAACACCAGGGGCCUCAUUUAUCAGCCACGCGUAAGCUAUCAAAUUAUCAGUUACACUUGUCAAGACCUUAGUGCUAACCUUAAUGAGGGACUACAUAACAACAUGAUUGCACUUAAGCUUAGCCUAUGGACAUCAUAAACUGCCCUGUAUCCAUUUACUGAUGCUCAAGGCACGCCAGACUCACUGUAAUAUUCUCCUGAGCGGCAGAUGUUGCCUCUCAGGGAAAAACAAAGAAAGCAUAUCAGUGCUGGUGGGAUUAAAAGAAAUCCAAACUGGAAUCAAAAAGAUUGCAGACUUUGUUUUGUGGAAAGUCUCGCCGUUUCCAGCUGUUGUAGUCUCCGUCUUUGUAAUCUCGGAAUCACAGCACUAUUCCACUGAUAUAUCAUGGAAGCGACCCGCUCGUACAGCAGGUUACAAAAAUCAAGAAGUACACGACAAUCUGAAACACCAAAGUGUAGCGCACGCCGGCAGUUUUGAUGUCACUUUUACUGCACACGGUUGUUUGUGAGGCCAACAGCAGGCUCUAUUCUAAUAGGCAUCAAGCUUUUCUCCAGGAUGUUUGGGUUUCUUGUCAUUAAUCAUGACCCCAAAAAAGUUCCGUUUUAUCUCAGUACCUCCUAAAAAGUCAUUAAAAAAAUAGAAACAGAAAUUUCACUGUCAGAAUUGUUAUGUAGCAUUAUUUCUGCCAUUGCACUUACAGUUACAGUUAAGACAGGUAGCUACAGUAAUAUUAUACGUGCAUUGUGGACACAAACACUACGGUGGCCCCGAGUGGUCAAAUGCAAAUCAACUUUUGAGAGAACACCAGGAAAUAGAGAGACACUGCAGAGGCACACAAAGUACAACUAAAGUACAAAAAUAACACUUUAAAAAAGAGAUACACUUCAAAGAUGUUGAGGGUUCAUCAGUGUUGUGAGGAAGAAAAAGAUGCAGAUGAAGCAUUUUGAUCGUGAGUCAUAUAAUGCUGUAGCUACAUUUUUGCUGUUUAAUGUUAGCUUGUCACUUCCGCCACUGUUCCGUGAAGUUAUCGUCUCUUUUUUUUCUAUUUACAUUGUUUUUUUUAAUUUAACUUCAUUGGUUUUUGUGAGAUUUUGCAGCUGCUGUGUUCUUUUUUUGAGAGAACAUGAACAAAUUCAAAUGAUAAGUUUUUAAAAUUUAUUAAAUGGUUGAAGGUUCAAGUUACAGAUGGCGCCAUAGGCAUCCCUCUUUCCUGUAUUUGGUCUGGUGUCAUGCUUCAUCUCUGCUCCAAUCACAGGUCUUCUUCCUGUAAAGGAAAACUCCUUCCUAUCUCCCUGUUGCUAUGCAGUCUAGUAACGGCAGCCUCACAAUGACUUCACAUGCAUGUGGGUCCUGCGCCACACCCUACACAAAGCACAAAUGUGUAAUUUAAAGAUAAAAAGUAAAUUCCUGACACAUAAUUUUUCUGUUAUGCUGUUUCCUUAAGUUGCAGGGCUAUCGUACAAUACCAAUGUUUACUUGUGAAAUAUCGGUGUAAACAGUUCAUGGUUAUUGCGACUCCCAUUGUGGGAAAAAAGAUUACCGUUUUUAUAACAAGUCAGUGUUCAUUCACCAGACGACUGAGGAUGGCAACCGUCUUAAUAAAUACUAGCUAAAAUCAAGGAGAAUGGCACUGAUGUUACUAGCUAGCUGGAAAACAGAAAAUUAAAAUGACAAGCAAAGUGUACAAAAGUUCAACAGUGUCAAAUGCCCCUAAAUGUUCACAAAAAUCUUCAGUCAAUUGGCUCCACAUUCACAUGGUCCUCGGAUGGUCCGAGUAAUUUAGAUCUGACAUCAUUCUUCAGACUUCAAUGUGCAAGAAAGAUGUUGAAAAAAUGGAAGCGCUGAAAGCAUUUAAACACAUUGCAUUAUUGAUCAUUGUCAGUAUUAACCAACAACAAUAUGGCGAGUGAGCAAAUGUCUCCUUUCUGAUUUUCAAGUUAGUUGUCUAUUAAAUUACUACAGAAAACACUAACGUGCCUACAACUCUCAGUGCUGCAGGCCCCAUUCCAUGCAUCCCACACAACGUCAUUUUUAGUUCUGAUAAAUGAGGCCCCGAGAUCUUUGAGUGCCUCUGCUGCAUAAAUCUAAUGAGGCAAAAGUGCAAUAUAGGAGGGAAAAAACAAACAGCUGGGGUUAGUGUCCUACUUUGUGACAUCUUCACUACUGAUGGCUCAGCUUGUCAGUAUCACAGAGUUGGUGCAUGUGACUAGCCAGCCACCCAAUCUAUCAAACCGUUGACUCUUACAUCACCCUUAGACAAGCUGAUCAACCGCUAUCUUUCACAGACUAGCAAAGGGCUGUGUUACUGUCAGCGUGUGAGGAGUGUGAGGAGUUUUCAAGGGCUGAUCCGUGUGAUUUUUUUUUUUUUCUUUUUUCCUUUUUAUUUUUUUGCAUGGCUGCUGCUAGUAAAGUGCACAUUUACAUGAGGAUGGAUCAUGCAGGGAUUAAGAUUAGUUUGAACUCGCCUAUUAGGCAGCAGAAAUAGGGAUUUGAACCACCCGUGAGCAAAUACUGACAUAAAACUUACACUAAGUACACCAAAUCUAAAUGAAGACAUUCUUGUCUUGCUGAUGGUGAACUUUGUUUCCAGAUUGGCUUUUUCCUCAUUUACAGCCUCACAUUAUUUACCACCCAUCGAUUUGCUCUUCGCUCACAUGUCAGAGCGAAACGAUAAAGUCCAAAAGUAAGUCAGGUUUUUAAGAUGUCCAUAGUUUUGCCCCUACGUCUACCACCGCCACAACCAUUCCACAUUGGCUCUAUUUUUUAUUUAUUUUUUUGAGAUUUGUUUUGAUUUCCUUGACAAACUCUGUUGACAAGAACUUACAUUCCCUUGAAGACAGCAGUGGAUGUAAUAGACCCACACUUUGUGCUCCCUCCUUCCUUCAAUCUCUAGCUGUUCAUGAUAUGAGUCCUGUGGAUCUAUGCAGAUGAACCCCACCCCGAAUCAACAUACCACUUUCCAGCACCGCCCCCACGCCAACCCAUCCACCGGCUCCUUGUCCUUUAUGUUGUAAAUAUGUCCUGAGGAUGUGGAAUCCCAAAUAUCUUCUCUAACCUCUCCCUACUUCCCCCACUGUUGGAAUCUCACUGUGUUUUCUGUUUGGCUCCUUGGUUUUUGUCUGUUUUUUGAGACCUUUGCUGCAUUUUUCUGUUGUCUAAAGCUGUGGUGUGAGUUGAGGAGAUGAAAGAGGUCUUAAAGGAAAAUAUACAAAAAAUGAAGCUUGGAUUGAGAAAGGGUUCAAAUAUAGAGGAAAAAAAUCUGAUAAAGUUGUCAUAUUGUCAUACUAGAGAUGCUUUAGUUUGCUAAUUUACUUUCUUUUUUUUCUACAAAAGACUUGGAUGAAAUUAUUUAUAAAAUGCGUCCCACGAGUCAUGACCUUUU